UCUGAGGAUGCGGAUCAUAUUGAAGUGGAAGAAAUUCACGAAAUGGAAGAACCGUCGCAUGAGCCAGAGGAGCCACAUGAGGAGCCAAAUUCGGAACCUCAAGAGCCAACACUGGUUAAUGUUGAACCAAUUACGGAACCAGAGGAAGCACCUGCGGUUGGCGCAGAGCCAACAGAACCUCAAGAUGACUCAGCGGAUAUUAUGGAUCAAGUGUUUGGAGGGCUACCCAGUAUGGCUGCUGCUGCCCCCGUGAACGUAGUUGUUGAGCCACCAACUCCGUUGGCACUGGAAAAAACCGAAGAGCUUCCACAUCAGGAUAUGCCUGCAGUCGAACGUAAAUCCACUCAUGAAAGUGCUGCAGAAGUUGCGGAACCUCAAACGGAUUAUGUGCCUGCAUACCAGACACAACAACGUCAUGAUACACCACCAACAACGCAGAUUUCUCCGCCAAGCAAUGGAAGCAGUUUGAAUGGAUACCCAAAUUCGACUGAAAGCGGUUGGUAA